GUAGCGCUGGCAAGCGUGCUCUGGAACAGAAAGCCCCGGGUUUUUGUGAGGCUCUCCGUGGAAGUCGGCUGGAUGGGUCGUGACGGGAUGAUGGGUAACCAUUGAAAAGCGGGAACUGAAGCCCAUGAACCUCCUAUAAAGCAGUGAAACUUGUAUUCCAUUACGUAGUGUGAACUGCGUGGAUUCCCUACGUGUGGGAUAGUGGAUCGAGUGAAAGACAGCAUACAGUAUAUGUUUUAGAAGUGAGGUUUUCGUUGAGACGCAUCGUCCUGACUUCGGGCCAGCUAUUUUGCUGGACGGGCAUUCGAAAUGCCGAAAAAUCUGUUCGAGAUGGCAAAAGUCGACGGAGAAACACGAAACAAGGAACUAUCUGUCGAUGGGCGUGACACCUCCAUUCUGAUGGUUGGCUCGAAAAGUGCGGUAAGUGUGAGAUGCACCAAUGAUAGACGAGCACCGAACACUGUGGAGAUUUCGUUUUGGACGGAUGCUAAGUUACACUGAAUUUCAGGGAAAGAGCAUCUUGCUGAACAGUUUCCUUGGCAGAACGGAUCCCGUGAAACCAACCCUAUCACUAGAAUAUUUUUACGCCAGGAAAAAAAUAACCAGUUCCUUCCAUGCGUCUGAGACACCAAAAAGUGUUUGUAGCAUUUGGGAUAUGCAAGGUGGUCUAGGAUUUUCAUCCUUGAUGGAUAUUCCUCUGAGAGCGUUGAAUCUGACAAACCUCACGAUAUUCAUCUUUUUGGACUUAUCACAACCCAAGAAACUUUGGGUAACUACUGAUGCUCUGAUAAAGCAAAUCAAAGCAAAGCUGAAGGCAGAGUUGUCAAGCAAUCCAGACUUGGCUGCCAAACUUGACGAACUUACAAGAAGCAGACUGGGCUUGAAUGAAAAUCCAGAUGAAAAGCGCAUGGAUCCAGUUGAGGUUCCUGUCGUCAUUAUUGGAGGAAAAUACGAUAUUUUUCAAAAUUUUGAACCCGAAAACAAGAAGUUGAUCUGUCGAACUUUGAGACACGUUGCUGUUUGGCUGGGCGCAAGUUUGUUGUUUUAUUCAAAUUCUGACCAGAACUUGAUCAAGAGAGCAAAAGAAUUCCUUGUUCAUCAUGCUUUUGGUUCACCGCUGAGCAAUCUUAUUUCGCAAGAUUACAACAAGCCGCUGUUAAUCCCUGCGGGAACCGAUUCAUUUCGUCAAAUUGAACCUUCAGGCGGAGAAAUCGGCUCCAGUUUUGAACUUUGGAAACAGGCUUUUGCCGCAGUUUACCCACCUGAGGAAACUGACACAUUGGAAUUGCCCUCCAAUCCUGCCACGAAUGAUUCAUUCAAAGAAUCAGACAUAGACUUAUUGCGCAAGCAGAAGGAUUUGGUACGAUUUAAUAUUCGUGUUAAAUUGAGAUGUUCAUCCAUAUUUGCGUUUUCUCUCCCCAGGAACUGAAACAAUACAAGGAAGAGUUGAAAAAUCGUGCAUUUUUGUUGUGAAGUCAUAUUUGUAUUUGUUCUGCGAUUAUUUUAAAUCUACGCACGCAUGAUGUGAACGAGGGUAAUAGUCGGGGAAAUCCUCUGCCUGGUGGGCUAUUCUCGAAAAAUCAAAUUUUCAAUUUUCUUUUCGCUAUACUGUAUAUCUCUUAUUAAAUACUUUUCGGCAUCUCGAAAGUCUCAUUAAAAAAUACUUUCUAAGUUUUCCUGAAAUUAACACAAAUCUGAAGAGUGUUCCUGAGCUGUUCUUUCUUCUUUUUUUCCCUCGACUACCCCUUGUAUUGCCCUGUCGAUCUCAAGUCUGGCUUUGAUCUUGAAAAGAGUUGUGAAAAAUCUCACACUUGUGAUGGCAGCACUAGUCAGAAUAUUUUGUUGUGUUUCAAACGAAAUUCACGCUUUCAUCAUAUUGAAAUUCGAAUAUCUGCGUUUCUUUUACUGAUAUUCUUGAGUUCAACAUUUUGAGAUGUGGCAUUAUGUAAGCAGGUGCAGCUUGUGAAAUUUUGACUGUAGCAAGUGAUAUUCGCCAGGUUCCAGCCAUGCCCAAAGUAGCGACGAAAGGACAGAAGCAGAUUUUUGAAGAAAAUCAGGAAACAUUGGCUUUUUACAGAAAAAUGUUAAUAGCCUCCAAUGCUUUUUAUCUGUUUAUAUCAUUCCUAAGGCGAGACACAAUGCCAUGGACUGAUAUCGCCUUCUUCAUAUUCUCCUCCCUCAUUUUCAUCGGAAGUUAUCGUUUCAUGGCGUAUAUGGCCAAAGCGAAAACAAGUCCGACUGGGCAACUGACCGAUGCUGGCACAGAUCUCAAUGUAUCUUCAGGAACGGCCGAGCACGUGAAGGAUAUAAUUAUCCUUACGAGCAUCUGCCAGUGCCUUUCCGUGAUCUCAAAUUAUUUCUGGCUGUUGUGGCUCUUGGUCCCGUUAAUGGCAUUUCGGUUGUUCUGGAAGUACAUUUUAAAACCGUAUUUCUUCCAACCAGUUCCCGUGGAAAAUGAAGAACGCAAUGAGAAGAAAGCUAAAAAAUUGGAGCGGAAAAUGGCGAAAGCGAAGUAUUAA